AUGAAUUAUUAUAAUAAAAAAAAGAGAAAAUGUAAAAUAAAUUUUAUAGAUAUAGAACUCGAAGCAUUUAUAUUUGGUUGUUUUUUGUAUUCAUGGAAUAAAAUAAUAACGGACAAUAUUAAAAAUAAAAAUAAUAAUAAAAAUAGUAAUCCUAAAAAUAGCAGUACUAAAAAUAGUAUUAUUAAUUAUAGUAAUAAAAAUAAUUUUUCAAAAGAUAAUAACAAAAAAUGCACUAAUAUAAGAAAUAAUAGAAAAUUAUGUAAUAAUAAAAUUUUCAAUAAUGCAAAAAACUUAAGUUAUGAAAACACUAAUAAAAAUUCAAUUGAUGAAAAUUGUUAUGAUAUAUCUGAUGAUGAGAUAAGUUGUAAUUUAAAUGAAGAUUUUCAAAUAAAAAAUAAAAUAGAUAUUGAUUUAUUGAAUGAAAAAUUAUUAAACUUUGUAAAAGUAAAUUUUUCUUUAAAUAGAAAAGACUUUAAUAUAUGCCAUGAUUUAUAUGAUUUCUAUAAACAUAUUAAGGAGGAAGAGAAAAAUGAUGAAAUAAAAAUACAUUAUGAUUUUUUGAAAACAAAUAGUAAUAUUAAUGUAAAUAAUUUAGGUAAUAAAAAAAGAAUCUAUGAUACAAAUUAUUUAAAAAAUAGAAAAAAAUAUAUAAAUACAGGUAUAAAAAAUAUGAGAAAUUGUGUGUUUUGUGAUAUCGCAUUAAAUAAGAAAAAAGUACCAGGUUACUCAAAAAUUCAAAAUUUUAUACAUUUAUGUACAAAAAAAGUUUAUGGGAGCAAAUGUUUUCAACUAGUUAAUAAAUGUAUUAUAAAUAUAAAAACGUUUGAUGACAGUUUUGUACAUUCAAUUACAAUAGAACGGUUAUUCAGUUAUAUAUGUAAAAAUAUUGAUAAAAACUUACUUUUUUUUUGGUUUAAAUUUUUAAACGUUCUCCUAAAUGUAACUAUUAAUAAAAAAUUAAUGAUAAAAAUUUUUUUUUUUUUUUGUAUGAAAAAUUUACUAGUUUCUUCUUAUUUUAAUUCAGAAGUUGUAGAAAACCACGAAUUUCUCAAUAAAGGUAUUUCAUCUAAACAUGAAAAUUCCUUUUUAUCAGACAUAAUUAAGAAAUAUAAAUAUGAAAAUAUUACUAAUAUUAUUUUAAAUAACAAUUUUAUAUUAUUACAAAAUUUAUUUGACUAUUUUUACAUGAUUUGUUCUAGUAGAAAUAUGCACUUUUAUGACAAUUUUUUUUUAAACGUUCAAAUGAUUAACUUUAUUUAUCUUAUACAAAUAAAUUUUUUUCAUUAUUUUUACCUUAAAUUAUACAAAAAAAUUCAGAAUUACAAAGUUAAUCAAUUAGUAUACGAAUAUAAUAGAUGUGAUAAUACUUCUAAAAAUGCAAUUAAAAAAAACAAAAAAGAUUAUAACAAAGAAAAAAACAGUUUGCGAAAAAUAAUCAAAAGAAAACUUUAUUCCUAUUCCAUUAACAAAAAUGAAAUACAUAUUAAUAAUAAAAAUAAUAUUAAAAAUGUAUCAAAAAAAAAUACAAUUCUUAUAAAAUAUAAAAAUUCAAAUGAUACUGGAUUAGAUAUGAAUGAAGUGUGGAAAAAUAAAGCAAAUGUUCAAAAUAGGAGUAGUAUUAUUAAUAAAAAUAAAAAAGGUGAAAAUAUCAAUAAUAAUAAAAGUAUUAAUAGUAACUAUAUUUAUAAUAAUAUCAUUAGUAAUAACUAUAAUAUUAAUACUAAGAUCUAUAAUAAUUUUAAUAUUAACUAUCAUAACAACAUUAAUAAUAUGUAUAACCUAAAUAAUAUUGAUUACUUAGUAUCAUCACGAAUAGAUGAAAAGUAUUCUGAGAAAAUCAAGAAUAAUUUAUGUGAAAAAUUAUGUACUGAAAAGAAAGUAUGUAUAAUAAGAAACCUACAAAUUUUUUUUAAAAGAGCAUAUAUAUUUUUAAACAAAUAUAUAAAAAAUGAACAAUUGAUAAAUCAAAGUAACAUAUUUUCAUUUUUAUUUGACGCUUUACCAUCAUUAAACUUUAAGCGUAAUGUUAAUAAUAUCUUAGCACCACAUAUUUUUUCAAUAUUUUCAAAAUAUCAGUUUAUUGAAAUAUUUAACUUUAUAGAAAAUUUAAAAAAUUUAUAUAAUUUAAAAAAAAUGAAAAAAAAAAACUUACGUAAUAAUGAAUACCCUUGUUUAAAAUUUUUAAAUGACUUACAGGGAUUAAACUACAUUUACAACAAUUUAAAAAAUGAUUACUUGAUUUUAACAGAAAAUUUAUAUAUGGAAAUGAAAGGUAAAAAUGAAAAAAAAAAAAAAAAAAAGGAACAAAAUAAAUUAAAAUAUAGUAAAAGUACUAUUCAAAAUUUAAUUCAAAAUGGUAAAACAGAUAUUUAUAAGAAUGUUUUUAUUUACAAAUUUUCUUCAAAACAAAUUAAUAUUCAACAUAAUUUAUUUAAUAUAUAUCUGGAAUGUAACCUUUUAAAUAAAGCUUAUAAAUUGGUUAUGAUGAAUUUUGAUUUUUCAUUUUCUUUAACGGCAGAAAUUAUAUUUUUAUUUAAAAUUUAUUUGAUAGAAUUAAAAAAAAAUAAAAUUUUAUAUGCGUUUGAAAUUUUAAAUAUGGUUUUUCAUAAAUGUUUUGUAUUAUUAAAAAAGUACUUGUGUAACCCAACAUCUUUUAAAUUACUGUCCAUCAUAAGCAUAUAUAUUAGUCAUAUGUUAUAUAAUUUUCCAUUUCUAUCUAAAUUUCUUUAUUUUUAUCCAAAAGAUAAAAUUAAUUUUAUUAAAAAUAAUAUAAUAAUUAACGAAAAUAUAAAAAUGAAUCAUUAUAAUAAUUAUUUUUAUCAAAAAAAAAUAUUUAGUUCCUUAAAUUUGUAUAAUAACAAUAGUGAUAAUAAUAAUAAUAAUAAUAAUUAUUAUAUUGAUACAUUUAAUAAUAAAAAUAUAAGUUCAGAACAAAAGAAAUUAAUUAAAAAAGAGAAAAUGAAUGGAGAUAAUGAGACAUUGAUAUCAUCCUACAGAAUGUUAAAUUGUGAAAAAAAUAUGAUAGAAAAUAAAAAUAUAAACGAUCAUAAAAAUAACUUAUAUGAUAAUAAUUACACUUCUAGUGAUGAAACAUAUUUUUGUGAUCAUAUUAGAGAUUUCAAAUUUUUAAACAAAUUUGAAAAAUCAUAUAUAAAUAAAAUUUUGAAAAGUUUCAACUUUAUUUUUAACAUCUUAGAAAUAACAGUAAAUAGCAGUAAUGUUUCUCUUAUAAAUUGCAGUAAAAAUAGUUUGAAUUCAUUUGAUCAGAAAAUAUUUAAUAACCAGUUAGUUCAUGAUGGUAUUUGUAAUGGAAUUUUAUUUAAUAUAAAUAAUUUUAUAAAAGAAAUUGUAAAUAAACUAGAAUAUUAUUUUAAUAACAAUUUUAAAAAAAAAAAUUUACAAAAUCAUAUAAAAGGUUUAGAUAAAGAAAAAUAUAGAAAUUUAUUUUAUGAUUCAAAAAUUGUAAGAUCAUUAAAAUGUUCUGAUGAAGAUUCUUAUUUUUUUAGUUUAGAAUUUUUAUUUUUAGCAUAUGUAUGUUCUAAUUAUUUUUCAGAUAAUGUUUCAAAUAAUUAUAAACAUUUUUUAAAAACUUUUAACUUUAACGAAAUAUGGCCAACUAAUCAUCAAAUAAAAAUAAAAAUAUUGUUAUGUUUAAUAUAUAUGCUUUUGUAUGAAAUAAAUUUAAUAGAUUUAAAAGAUUUUUUUUCAGAAAUAUUAAGAAUAAUUAUUUUUAGAUUUUAUAAUUAUUUAGAUUAUGAUGAUUUACAAAUUUGCCAAUUUAUUUUCUUAAAUUUAUCUAACAACAUAUUAUUUUCAACUUUGAAUAUUAUUGGUGAUAUAAAAAAUGUUAUUAAGAUGAAUGCACAAUCAUUUAAGGAAUUUUUUUAUAUUUAUAAUUUAUCAGAAAAAGAGGAAACAUUUUAUCAAUAUCAAAACUUUUGGAAAAAAAAAAAAAAAAAAAAAGAUUUUAUAAAUGAUUUUCUAAGUUAUUUUUUAAGAAAAAAUGCAGAAAUUGAAAAUAAUUUUAAAAUGAUAAAUAAUAAAAAAUGUGCAGAAGUAAAAUUAAAUGAUAAUGUAUUAAGAGAAGCACAUAAUAUAAAUAACGAAAAAAUUAAUACAUCAUUUAUUUCAAAUAAUAAAAUAUAUAAUGAAACAAAAUUAUGUAGUAGAUUAAUUGGUGAAACAUAUUUAAAUGAUGAAUCAUACUACAAUGAACAUAAUUUAGUUUUUAAUGAAACUAUUAACAAUGAGUUUUCUAUAUCUAAUGAACAUUUACAUUGUGAUUUUGAAUUAGGAGAUACGUAUAAACAAGAAAAUAUUUUCACUUUUACUAGUAAUAUAGAAAAUGAAGAUAACUCAUAUUAUUUUGAUUAUUUUGCAAGUGAAGAAAGUUUAGAAAAAAGUGAUUUUGUAUUUUUUAAGAAAAAUAAUAAUAAUGAAGAAGAAAAAGAAUCAUUAGGAAGCGAUUUUUUAAAUAAAAUAAUAAUUCAAAUAAAUAAAAAAGAGAUAAUUAAAAAAAAAAAUGUCAAAGUAGAUAUUUGUGAAAAAAAAAAUUCAGUAAAUAAAUAUGAUAAUUUGAAUGAAGAUAUAAGAAACAAAAAAAAAGAAUUUAUAAAUAAAGAGGAAGUUUUGAAUAAAAAAAAUCUUUUAUAUUACUUUGAAAAUAAAAUAGAAACAAUAUAUGAUAUGAUUUUAAAUUAUUUUAAAAUAAAAAAAGAAAUGUAUAUAGAUAAUUAUAUUAAUAGCAAAUAUGAAUCAAUAACAAGCAUACAUGAAUACAAAAAUAAAUUAAACUAUUAUGAAAAUGUUCAUCCAGAGUAUUAUAAAUAUUAUUAUUUUCAAAAUUCUUUUUAUUUUUCAGAAGAGUUAUUUGAAACUGAUUAUUUUAUUUUUGCUUUAAAUAAAAAUGUGAUAGAUGAUAAUUUUUCUUUAAAGAAAAAAAAUUAUAUAAGUGUAUGUUUAAAUUUACUCACAAUAAUAGAUUUAUAUAUGGAAUUCAAGGCAAAUAUUUAUAAUAAGCCAUUUUAUUUUAUUAAAAAUUUAAUUAUCACAUGUGCAAAUAUUAGUUUCUGUAAGAAACUGACAAUUAUAUAUGUAAAUUCAUUAAUAAGAUUGUGUCUUUUUGAAAUAAGAAUGAAUAAUUUUUUUACUUCAUCCAAUAUUCUUAUUGAAAUCUUGAAUAAUUUUGAGAAAAUAAAAAUAUACAAAAAUUUAAUAGGAACAAUUUUUUAUUUAUGUGGUUAUUUGUUAUUACAAAAUUUAAAUUAUGAUAAUGAGAAUUUUGAUGAAGAAGAAAAAAGUGUUUUAAUAGAUGAAUAUGAUUAUUACAAUAACUUAAAAAAAAAUAGCAUAUCCUCAUUUCAUAAAAAAAAAAUAGAAAAAUGUAAAUUAAAUAAAGAAAGUUAUAAAAAAAAUUCUAGUACAGAAAAGUUGAAUAACAUAAUAGAUUUAAAUGAAUACGAUAAAAAAAAUUCUUUUUAUGAGACAUCAAAGUGUAUGAAUAUUGAACAACAUAAAAAUAAAAACUUUUUUACAUGUGAGAAUAAAAAGGUAAGUAAGAAAAUUGAAGAUACAAUUAAAAGUAAUAAUUAUUUAUUAAAUGUUACAGGUAAGGAGAAAUUAUCAGAUGAUUAUAUGACUAAUGAAAAAAAAUAUAGUAGUUAUUUAAAAAAGAAAAGUGGAAGAAAACUAAUUCCAUUAAUAAAGAAUCAAAUAAAGAUAACUGAUUUUUUUUCAAAUGUAAAAAAUGAAAAAUCAUUUUAUAUGUCUUUUGAAAGUUCUGUUGUAUCAGAUCAUACGAAAAGUAACACCUUUUAUAGGAGUAGUGAGAAAAGGAGGAAAAUAAAUAAUGAAUUAAGUGAUCAUAUAAAUAUACAAAAAAUAAAAUAUAUUUCUGAUAAAAAUGUAAAGAAAAAAAAUAUAUUUUAUUAUUUUUGUGAUAAAUUAAAUAAAAAGCAAUUUUGUUUAUUUUUAAUAUGUUUUUACAUAAAACGAGCUUUGAAUUAUUGGAAAUAUGAAGGAGAUUCUAUAGGAAUUUUUAAUGGGGUUCAACAAAAAAGAAGAAUAAAAGAUUCCUUUUUUUUUCUAAUGUCUUCAUAUAAAUUUUUUUAUAAAUCAUCAUUAUUCCUAUUGAAACAAAAAAACACCCAAGAUUAUAAAUACCCUUUUUUUAAUUAUGAGCUAUUUAAAACAUAUUAUAAAUUUUAUAUUUAUUACAAAGAAAAAUUCUUGAAAUGUAGUAAUGAAAACAUUGUUAAUUUAUUAUAA